CCCGGCGCCCUAGGCCGGGUGUCCCGGGCCCUGGCACCGACCCAGUCUGGUCGGCUGGUGCGGGCGCGGCCUGUACGGCGUUCCCGCAGUGCCCCCGCGGCUCGCCGAGUGUCUGCCUCCGCGGAGCCCCGCCACGCGCAGGAGGACAGAGUGGCCGCUGUGACAGCUGUGGACGGGCCUGACGAGAUGAAGAAUCGAGUCCCUGUGGUGCUCCUGGCCUGCGGCUCCUUCAACCCCAUCACCCACAUGCACCUGCGCUUGUUCGAGGUGGCCAGGGACCACCUGCACCAGACAGGCAGGUACCAGGUGAUCCGGGGGAUCAUCUCGCCCGUCAGUGACCUCUAUGGCAAGAAAGAUCUGGUGGCUGCCCACCACCGGGUGGCCAUGGUCCAGCUCGCCCUGCAGACGUCCGACUGGAUCGGAGUGGACCCCUGGGAGAGUGAGCAGGCGCAGUGGACGGAGACGGUGAAGGUGCUCAGGCAUCACCACCGCAAGCUGCUCGCAUCUCUGCCCUGGACCGAAGGCCCCGACCUUGGCGAGGCUCCAUCCCCUCCCGCUGCAGCCGCGCCCGAGCUGAAGCUGCUGUGCGGGGCCGACGUGCUGAGGACCUUCGACACGCCGGGGCUCUGGGAGGAGGCGCACGUGCGCGAGAUCGUGGAGCGCUUCGGCCUGGUGUGCGUGGGCCGCACGGGCCACGACGCGGCCGCCUACGUCGCGGGCUCGCCCCUGCUGCGGCGCUUCCGGCACAACAUCCACCUGGCCACCGAGCCCGUGCGCAACGACGUCAGCGCCACCCUGGUGCGGCAGGCCCUGCGCCGCGGCCAGAGCGCCAAGUACCUGCUCCCCGACGCCGUGCUCGCCUACAUCACGCGCCACCGCCUCUACGCCCCCGACGCUGCCGGCUCCGCGGGCCCACGGGAGAACCAAGGACCGGCCAGCUAG